AUGCAUUUGAUAGAGACCGCAUUUUGCGAUAUCCAAUCUGAUCAGCCCCAUGUUCAGGAUGUCCUAAAAAAGUUGAAAUCAACGGACUUUGUCGCAUGGGAUGCCUCAUUUUUCGACAUCAUCGGACCGGAUGCAAAGCUCGAAAAGAUUCAGUCUUUCGAGGGCGAACCUCCUCGGGUGCACGAAGCACCUGCAUUUGUCCCAGAGACUAAUGAACUGUUCUUCGCUGAUACAAGCGAGGCAGGCUGGCUGUGGGCGGUCAACGUGGACACUUAUGAGACACGCAAAGUCGAGAUAUCCCCACCGCUUCCCAAUGUAAAUGGAGGGAGAUAUCACCAAGAACGACUGUACCUGACCACAAACGGUGGCCCAGCCCGAGGUAUUUACUCAGUUGACCCUCGCAACGGUACCGCCAUUCCAAUCGUGAACAACUUCCGCGGACGUCAUCUCAACAGUCCCAAUGAUCUGGUCUUCGACUCAAACUCGAAUAUAUGGUUCACUGAUCCUCCGUAUGGCUGGUGCCAGGGAUUCCCGGGUGUGCAGCCCCCCGAACUCCCCAAUGGCAUCUACUUUUUCAACACAAAGACGAAAGCCCUUCACUCCGUUUCGAACUCAGUUGUCACCACACCCAACGGCCUUGCAUUUUCUCCUGAUGAAUUGACCUUCUAUGUUGCCGACUCAAACUCAACCUCGGGCAAGCCGAUGAGCCAUUCUCCCUCCAGUUUGCGGAAUGUGUGGGCCUUUGAUGUUAAGGGCUCGAUAUUGAGCAACCCACGGCUGGUUUAUUCAACCGAAGCUGGCUGGCCCGAUGGGCUUCAAGUGACGCGUAAUGGAUAUCUGAUGGUAGCAGCUUUGGGCGGUAUUGAUGUCGUUGAUCCUGCGUCCGGGGCUCUUCUAGGAAAAAUCAACACCCCUGAUGAUAUUAUCUUCAAUUUGGAACGAGGGCCUCGUCAAGGAGAUUAUGGGAUGUGGCUGUUAACGGGGCGGGAUUUCAUUUACAAGGUCUUGAUACAGGAGCAAUAA